CACGAAAUCGAGUUAAAAGGAAGGAGCUAAGACUGAGAGGGAGGGUUUGCUAUUUGCGCUAAACUGUAUUCAUCGCCAUUCGCAGACUGCCUUUCUGAAAGCAUUUCAAAUGGUUGAUAGCAAUACUUCCUCUGGAUCACCUGAAGAAACUCAAAAUCCCAACCCAGAUGGGAAUGCACCUUCUGAUAGUGAUCUUGCAUUGGAUAAUCUAGCGCAAAAAGUUCAAGAAUCUCUUUCUCUGGAAAAAAAACAUAAGUUUUGGGAAACCCAACCUGUUGGGCAAUUCAAGGAUAUAGGGGAUACCAGUUUGCCAGAAGGCCCUAUUGAACCUCCGACCCCCUUAUCUGAGGUCAAACAAGAACCAUACAACCUUCCUAACCUCUAUGAAUGGGUUACAUGUGACAUCAACUCCGAGAGUAUGUGCGAUGAGAUAUACAACCUUCUUGCUCAUAAUUAUGUUGAGGAUGAUGAGAACAUGUUUAGAUUUAACUACUCAAAGGAAUUUCUGCGCUGGGCUCUACAACCCCCUGGUUAUUUCAGGAGUUGGCAUAUUGGUGUCCGUGUUAAAAGUUCCAAGAAGAUGGUUGCCUUUAUAUCAGGUGUUCCUGCUAGAAUCCGAGUUCGUGAUGAGGUAGUGAAUAUGUCAGAGAUAAAUUUUCUUUGUGUUCAUAAGAAGCUUCGAACAAAGAGGCUUGCUCCGGUCAUGAUCAAAGAGGUGACCAGGAGGGUACACUUGGAGAAUAUGUGGCAGGCAGCCUACACUGCGGGAGUGAUUCUUCCUACACCAAUAGCAACUUGCCAAUACUGGCACAGAUCGUUGAAUCCCAAGAAGCUAAUUGAUGUUGGUUUCUCCCGGCUUGGUGCACGGAUGACAAUGAGUCGAACCAUCAAGCUUUACAAGCUACCGGAAUCAACAGUCACCCCAGGGUUCAGAAAGAUGGAAAUACAUGAUGUUCCUGCGGUUACAAGGCUAAUUAGGAAUUAUUUGAGCAAUUUUGUUGUUGCACCUGAUUUUGAUGAAAAUGAUGUGGAGCAUUGGCUUCUUCCAAGGGAGAAUGUUGUUGAUAGUUACCUGGUUGAAAGUCCUGAAACUAAUGAGGUCACUGACUUUUGUAGUUUUUACACACUUCCUUCCACUAUCCUUGGCAACCAAAAUUAUUCAAUUUUGAAAGCAGCAUAUUCAUUUUAUAACGUUUCGAUAGUGACGCCGUUGCUUCAGCUAAUGAAUGAUGCUCUCAUUGUGGCAAAGCAGAAGGAUUAUGAUGUUUUCAAUGCAUUGGAUGUCAUGCAGAAUGAAACCUUCUUGAAGGAACUGAAGUUUGGACCAGGUGACGGGAAACUUCAUUAUUAUCUUUACAACUACAGAAUAAAGCAUGCAUUGAAGCCAUCAGAACUUGGUCUUGUGCUUCUGUAGUUUAAAUUUUGGAAAUUUAUCUAUGGAUGAAUUCGGAAUCAUAAUGAUUUUCCUAGCAGAUGGUUGCAUGUUCUGUGGUGAUCCACAUGGUUAGACCUUAAAUUUUGCUUUACUUUUUAAACAAACAAAAUUUUUAAAGCCUUUGGAGGCAGUUAUGGUGUGUCAGUAACGCACUGGUAUAACUUAAGAAUAGCCAAAUUCCUGUUUGCAAUCUUUUUAUGCUGCUGCUGAUGAUGUCUUUUCUUAAAUUUAAAUGCACUGGUUUAACAUUCCUUUUAGCAAAGCAUGUGAUUAUGUGCUCCUGGACUUUUAUAUCAGUGGUUAUUACUGCAUGUUUCAGCCAUAUGGCUGAAACUACGGGUGCUAAACGAGCCAGGGCCUUUGGCUCGGC